AUGAGUGCGGUACUGGAGAUGUUGCGAUGAUGUCCAGUCGCACCUCGCGCGGAACUGGAUGCGGGUUUUGUCCGCCAGGUCGCUCACUGACGGCCACCGUCGAUGUCCUCAGAGGGCGAGCAACACCUUGUGCUCCCCCACGCUUCCGUUCUCUCAGACCGCACCUAUAAGAUGCGCGAUGUCUAGUUCUCCAGCCACUCUCCAGCGCCGAAAGCAGAAUCGAAGGCGACUCGGACACCGGCCAUGACGCUACUAGCCUGUGCUCGCCGCUCUCCUCUCCCUCGUUACACCUCAUGUCGUCAACACGGCGGUUACCGAUGGACCUCGCAUACUUGCAGAACCCCCGCGGCACAGCACAGUGGGACAAGUAUACGCUUUGUAUCGAGGGACAGAGAAUCUUUCUUCACUCAGGAGAGUUUCAUACCUUCCGCUUGCCUGUGCCCGACCUCUGGCUCGACAUAUUUCAGAAGAUGGUCGCCGCGGGGCUAAACGGCGUUAGUAUAUACAUUCAUUGGGGAUUGACAAAUCCUGCACCUGGUGUGCUCGACUUCGAUGAUUGGCGAGAUCUACAGCAGAUAUUCAAGGCAGCCGAGCAGGCGAGCAUAUUCAUCGUCCUGAGACCCGGUCCCUACAUCAACGCCGAAACGACCGCAGGCGGCCUCAAGCGAGCUCCGAACGAAUGCUGCAGACAUCGAAGAGUCUUGGAUGCCACGAUGCCUGACCAGAUCUCUGACGGCAGAAGUCUUAUCGCUGUGCAAGUGGACAAUGAAUACACGCAAUCACCAAUCCAACAUGCCAAAUACUUUGCCCAGCUCGAGGCGACGUACAGGUCAAACGGCAUCGUCGUCCCGCUGACGUACAACGACCCCGGCGAGGGUCGGAAUGUCAUCAAUGGCACCGGCGCGGUCGACAUUUACGGCGUUGACGCAUGCCCGCAAGGCUUCAACUGCAGUAGCCCGACGACUUGGGGACCCGUCGUGACGAACUAUCACUCGUACCACGAAGAGGUCAACCCCAGCACGCCGUGGUACAUGCCCGAGUUCCAGGGGGGAAGCUCCGAUACGUGGGGCGGCCCUGGCUACGACGCGUGCGAAGUGAUCACAGGGCCGGACUUCCGGGACGUGUUCUACAAGCAGAACUGGGCGUCGAACGUCAAGAUGACCUCAUAUUACAUGUUCUACGGUGGUACGAACUGGGGCGGUAUCGCUGCACCCGUGGUCUACAGCUCAUACGACUACGGCGGCAGUCUCCGCGAGAAUCGUGCCCUUCCGCCCAAGUUCGACGAGCUCAAGCGCCAAGGGCUCUUCCUGCGCUCAUCGCCCGAGUUCCGCAAGACCGACUGGAUCGGCGACUCAAGCACCGGUGUGUUAGUAACGAGCACGAAUGACGCGAUCUUCGUGGCGUUGCUCAGGAAUAUUGAUACUGGCGCACAGUUCGUCAUUGUCAGGCAGGCUAACAGUACUUCGACAUCAAACAUUGCUUUCAACCUGACGCUCUCUACCUCUGCAGGCACGCUCACGAUCCCGCGGACGCUCUCAUCAGGCAUUCAGCUGAACUGCCGUCAAAGCAAAGUCGUUCUGGCCGACUACACCUUCGGAAACCUUGUGCACUCGAACAAGCUCCUAUAUUCGACUGCGGCAGUGCUGUUUGCAGGCAGCAUCGGCGGCAUCGAUACAGUAUUCCUGUACGGCGACACCAACCAGGGGCACGAGUUCGCGUUCUCCUCAGGCAGCAGCCAACCUACCACCGUUGCGUUCGCUCCAGGGUUCAAGACCAGCCUCCAGGUCGUGAGUUCCCCGAAAAGCACAGCAGGCCCGCUGGUGCUGUGGGCAGACACGCAGACCGCGUCCACGUUCUUCGCACCCGCCGUCCCGACAGGCGCCGCGACAUUCACGAACUACUGGCAGUUCGGCACCAACGAGACGGUCCUGGUUGGCGGGCCGAUGCUGGUGCGGAACGCCACGGUGUCGGGCUCAUGCCUGGCAUUGCGCGGAGACCUGAACGCGUCAACUCUGCUGACGCUCAUGGUGCCCGCGUCGGUGUCGGCCGUCAGCUGGAACGGUGCGGACGUCCCCGUGAGAGGCGUGUGCGGCGCGGCUGCGUUGCCUGGCGCCAAGCUGCUCGAGGGCCAGCUGGGCUUCUCUCUCGGCAGGGGAAGCAUCAGCGUUCCAGCACUGGCGGGAUGGAGGUUCAAGGACAGCUUGCCCGAGGUGCAGAGCGGGUUCGACGACGCCAACUGGACGGUCGCCGACCACACGACGACGAAUAUCACGACCAAGCCGCUGUUUGGCGACGGGCGGGUCCUGUAUGGAUGCGAUUACGGCUUCUGCGAGAACAUUGUGCUCUGGCGUGGACAUUUUAACGGCACCGGCUGUGAGACGUCGGUGAAUCUGACCAUCAAUGGAGGGACUGCGUUUGGUGCAUCGGUCUUCCUCAACGACGUCUUCCUUGGCACGACGAAUUCGAGCGCGAGCGUUGAACAGAUAAACACCUUGUACUCCUUCCUGACGGUGCGGCCAAGACUGGGGCAGACAAUGUUAUUACAGUUGUUCAGGAUGAUAUGGGUAACGACGAGUCCCCCAAUGGCAGGUCGUCGUGCAGCUGGACGAGGACUCCACACUGGUCUUCACACAGAACGGUCGCCUCGUGGAAUCCUUGGCUUCCAGCUCAAUAGCGGCAACUUCACGACGUGGAAAGUCCAAGGCAAACUCGGCGGUUACACGAACUACCCCGACAAAGUGGGCGGCGUCCUGAACGAAGGCGGGCUGUUCGACGAGCGCGAGGGCUGGCACCUGCCGGGCUUCGACACGUUCUCUUGGGCCCCGCGGGCGCUCUCGUCCGGGCUGCCGAACGGCACGGCGAGCGUCGGGUUGUUCGUCACGACCUUGAGUCUCAUCUGGAAAAACACGAGGUGGCACACAGAGACCAGACCGGUCCAUACCACUUGGACCGCCGGACACAUCCCCCUGAGCUGGACCAUCCAGACCAAUCACUAUGAGUUAUAUACCAGUAUGUAUUACUUCAGACCGGACAUACCAUUAUUGGUGCAAUCUGUACUGCCUCCUAUGCGGCAUGUGCAAAUCUGUACCACUCCGCACCGUAACAUACUUGGUUGGCACAGGAACAGAAUCACUCGUACCUUCCUAAUCAAGUAAUUUAUUCAUGCAGUAAAAUGCUGUU